CAGACUGAAGCGUUACCAUGGGAACCUGCACAUCUAUGUCACAGAACGACAUGGUCUUAACAACGUGGGAGAUGUACAAGUCAGACGCUCUAUCUGCAGCAUUGUCUGAUGUCCUAACGGAUUUUUCACAACACAACACAGGCGAGGAGUGUCUCCAAAAAUUACGUCACCUCAACGACGCCAUUGGCCAAUUUUUCGUACUCGGUCAGCUUCAGCCUAAGCUUAUAAAUUUCGCGGAAAUUAGUUUUAAAAUUCACCAGAACAUUCUAGUAGAACUGGGAGUGAAGCACUACUCGGAGGUAGGCGAAGAACACGCGGUGUCGGAAAGUAAAGUUUGUGUCUUGGAAGAGAUAAGAAAAUCCUGGGGGAAAUUGUCCCUGAAUUGUCCACCAUUUUGUGAGAAACUAGUCGCCUGUGGGGCGUUCGGUGAGUUGUUGUAUGACUUGAGCAAGACAUUGAAGAUCUGCAAGAAAAAGAGAAAAGGCAACAAAGGGGAAGAAUCGCAAAACCUCCAGUCUCGCCUUGUUCCAGCGUUGGACCUCAUCUUGGCUGUUGUCAGGUUAGAAAAACGACAAAAGAUGUUCAGUGAAGGAAAGAUGAUUCGGCUGCUGAAACGGUUUUUCAAACUGAAGCUCAAAACAGUGAAUUCUGUGUCGGCCAUCUUGACAUGUUCGAGACUGAACUCACACCCCGAGGUCACCAAAUAUUUGAACCUUGACCCCUUGUUGACUGAGGUCAAGGCAUCAUUAAAACACUGGAUCGGCAAUAGACAGUUUAGUCUGCUAGAGCUGAUGGUGGGGUUGAGGGAGCUCAGCAGCGAGGCCGCCCUAAAGAGGGCGCUGGUCGACAAGGGCGUUCACUCUAUCAUCAACAGCGUCUUGAGCACACGCGACCAGCAGACGAUAGUGUAUGAAACUUUACUGCUGGUCUGGGAGCUGUGUUUUGAUGAAAGGGGAAACUCGCUCAUACAGGCAGAUAGAGAAAUGAAAACCAAUCUAUCAAAAUACUCAACACAAAAAUUAGUGGCGGAUAUUUUCUGGCUUAUUAAUGAAGAGGUUAAACAAGAAACGGAUGGCGUGAUGAAGUCUCUAAAAGAUUUGAACCUUAGACAAACAGAACUUCAAUCCGCGUACAUGAUCCUCCAGUCUAACAUCGGCCUCACAUCGGCCAUGGAAAUGGCAGCGGUUCUAGUGAAAUGCCUGCAACAGUUCCACGUCAGUCUGAAGCAGAUUCGGGAUUUCGACGCCAUCUACGAGUCCAAUGAAGAUCUCAGACUUAUCGGGGAUUUCCUGUGUAAAAUUAAAUUCCUGGAGGUAUCCCGUCUAUUUAUGAAGCAUGCAAAUACCAGUCGUGGUGAGCAGUUGGCGGAAGGCGAGUGUGAGCAGGUUGUGCAUUACCUGAGAGAGAUUUCUUUGAGGUACUCAACCUGGAGUAUCUAUUUCGCGACACGGGUGGCCCCUUCGGAACUGUUAAGCGGAAUUCGCGAGGAUUCUGAAUAUUUGAUACAAGUUGGAGUUUCUCCGACUUCAACGCCGGCAGUGACGGACUAUGUCCUGCAGGAGCUCUACACAAAUGUCCGUGUCCUCUACAACACGGCCAAGUUGUGGGACCAGCCCAAGUCCUUGCGUGACGGGCGGAUAAUCCAGCUUCUGCAGUCAUGUGUUCACGUUGAUACGCAAACAAUGCUGCCGGUGUGUGCUCUAUUGUCGCUGGUGCUGAUUCAUGACGUCAUGAAGGUCAAGCUUCAGGUCAGCUGUGACGAGACAGUGAGGAAAAUUCUUUUGAUCGCCAGCCGUGCUUUGAUGACUGAAAACCGCAGUUUUGACCAGUUCAGUGUGUCAGAUUUGUUAAACGGACUGCACAAACUAUCGAAGACGGCAGAUUACCAAAGUCAGCUGGUGAGGCUGCAGAUUUUGACUCUGAUGAAAGACGUGUUCAGUAGAGGGACGCCAAAGGAAAUCGUUUUAGCCAAGAAUAUCGUUGUGGAGCUUGCCAUAGUUAAAGCUUGUCGCGACGCUAUACUGCGUGAUAAAGAUCUAACACAAGCCCUGUCAAAACAUGAGAUCGUAUUGCCAGUUAGCAGCACCACACCAAGUUGUGCUGAUGGUGAAGCAGAACCUGUACCUGUAAACAAAGUAGCAAAUCGCCCGCAACUUGAAAGUAGGUUGUCUAAACGUGAUUACUAUGAGGCGAAUCAUUCUCCAGGUGAAUUCCGCAUCGAAACAUUGCAGAUCACAAAAGUAAAUAAAGAACACUCUCUAAUGUUCACAGUACCGCAAGAUUUGAAAAAUGAACUGAAAAAAAUCAACUUUAAUUUAGACCGCGAUUAUUCAAUUCAACCCAAUUUAGUUACAGAAGAUACAUUUCAUCUUUUAAAACUAGGAAUCACGAUUAUAGAAGGAUUUAUAUCCAAAGAAGACAAUGAACUUUUAACAAAUCUGGAACUACUGAAGCUACGAUGCGCCCACUUAUCAAUACCAGAGAUGAAAUUUUUCGGAGAUUUUAUGUCGGACAUCGGUUUUGUUGAAAAAAGUUUCAUCAAGUACAAAUCUGUGCUGAGGAAGGCGGGUCUGGAACAUCUGAAUGUCAAUUUUUUGGAGAAAAUUUCUUUCGACGAGAGGCAGACGCUGGAGCUGGUCAGGGAAUUCUGGGCCAGUUUGUCACGUGCCAGUAGCAAGGUGGCAGGUCAGCUGGAUAAAGAUGGCGUCGUGCAGGAGUUGUACCAGGAUCUGGUUAACUUGAUCGACAAAACUGAGCAGGAUCUGGACGAUUCCUUCUUGUUUUCUUCGAGUCUGACGACCAUCUACAACAUAGCAAGGUCAAGGUUGGACGAAGACAGGAAAACCAUGGGGAAGUUGGUGGACGUUCUGGGCAACUUUCUCUCGCUGAAGCCUGAGCUGAGUUUGAGGGUACUGCUGACGUUGGCCUAUAUGGUAGACAAAAGCCAGAUCCAUCUCUUGACUUUAAACCACUCGGCGUUCACCAUCAUCCCGGCCACGAGAGAUGAGUGGGAGGAUACGAGACACAGAGUGGCUGACAUCAGUGCCUGUGAGAUACUAGAGGCCCUGUACAAGAUCUGUCUGGACAGGAAGAUCCAGAGCGUGCUGGAGAAGGAGCGUGUGGACCUGGUCUCCCUGGCCCUGGACGUGCUUAAGUACGGGGACGAGGCUGAGAAGAAGAUCGCCGGACACACGGUGCUUCGUCUCUCUGUGGACGAGUUCAUGUGGAGCCGUAUAAAGAAAAGUAAGCAGAUACAGGAGUAUAUAGCGUCCUAUGCCAACACAUUUGAAACGACGCAGGAUUUUUCCAACCUUGUGGCUUGUACUCUGAAACAGAAGAUGGCCGAUUCCACACUUACAACACAAAAGAUUUCCAAAGUUCAAACCAAAAUCGACGUCUUCAUCGUUUAUUCAGAGGUUGAUACUGCACCAGUUCAGAAGUUGUCGGUGCUCCUAAGACCACACGUGAAUGUGGUCCACAAAAGCCAAAGUUAUGAACUGCUGACCAAAACCACAUUUGAUGCAGCGGAUAUUAUCAUGAUAUACCUCACUCAACAAUCCAGGCCGGACAUGAUAUUUUACUGCGAGUUCCUGCCCAACUUCACAGACAGACCCAUCAUCCUGUUGACGGAUGAAACGGUCAGCAACAUUCCCCCGUCCAUCACCCAGUUCGUCUUCCAUACCAAAGAAUUUGAGAACCAAAAUAUCGAGGACAUCAUCAUUGAAAUUAGAACACAAUGUAAAUGGAAAUUCUAUGCCAAACAGAGGAUGGCUGAGAGAGAGAACUUUGGAGGACGAGAAGGGUUCCCAUUGGAUGCUUUUAGCUCAUUAUCUGAGACAUCCGCGUGGAAAGAAAUCGAAAAAGCUCUGCUCUCUCUGGAAACCCCAGCCAACAAAGUCAGCGACGUCCAUAAGACCUUCCAAGACAACGCUCGUCUCUUCAACGUUCUCAAACUAGCCGUGCAGUGUUGUACGGGGCUGAAGUAUUCCUCACAUUACGCUUGUUACAAUCUGCUGAAUUUGUUGCAUCGGAGAGUGCAGUGUGAGAGAGAGAAAGAGAAAAUUAUCAUUUGCCGGAUACUUUGCGAUGCUCAGUUCUGUAAGUUGAGUUUUGAGCGGUAUAAAGGUAAUCUACGCAAGGCGAAUUUGGAUCAUGCAGACGAUAGUAUAGAUCAGCAGGAGAGAGAGGCAGACGCUGAUUACGUCAAGAGUGUCGUCAGCACGUUGAGGCGGUGUUGGCAGGCGUUUUCCCGCGCGAGUGUGGAUUUGGCGCGCGAGUUGGUAACCAAUCAAAUCGUAGACGAGCUGGUUCAUGACGUGGUGGAGCGCAUCGGCAGGAGUAAGGAGAUUUUGGACACGUCCCUGACCUUCAGCACCAGUGUGCUGACCUUGUACCACCUCGCCAUUCAGCCAGACUUGAGGCAGACUUUGAAGGACAGACAAAUUGUCUACGCGCUGGGAAAUUUUCUUACCUACGAUGGAGAGCUAGAACUGACGACCAUCUUGUUGGUUACCAUGGCAAUGAUCGUGGAUGAGUACCAGACUCACCUGCUGACGUCACACGAAGGAUUUCUACAACGUCUGCUGCCAAGUUCCAAGUGCGAAUGGCAAACCACGUCUUCAUCAGUCAGUUUCAAAGAGUUACUCGUGGCAUUAACUGAGCUGAGUAGACGGGACAAGGUGAAAAAUCUUUUGGUCAACAAAAACGUCCUUGACCUAAUUACUGACGUCUUCACGUCUGGAGACCUGGAGGAGAAAGAGAAAGCAGCCAAACUUCUGAUGGAGUUGUCUUUCUCUGAAGGAAACCGUGCUAGGAUUAAGGAGAAGGAGCCCUUGGUCCAGUGUCUGAACACAUUGGUGGACAAGGCUAACACGGAGACGAGGAAAGCUGCCAACAGGAUACUGUGGUGGAUCAACACGGACAUUCAGAGGGAACAUGUUCAUACAGAUGUAAUAAAUGGCCACAUCAUGAUCAGUUACAACUCUGGUGAUAGAGAAACGCUGAGAAAGGUGUACGACACAUUGAAAGCCGCGGGUUAUCGGACCUGGAUGGACAUCUACGACAUCAAAGGCUCGACACUGGACGCUAUGGCCAAGGCGGUGGAGAGCUCUGAUGUUGUCCUGAUCUGUAUGUCCAAGAAAUACAUGGACAGCACCAACUGUAGAUUAGAGGCUGAGUAUGCUGCUAAUCUCCACAAACCUAUUAUACCAUUGCUAAUGGAACAUUCCUACAAACCAAGUGGAUGGCUAGGAAUCUUGCUGGGCUCUAAGAUGUUUUACGACUUCUCCGGAGAGAAGUAUUCGUUCGAUGAAAAGAUCAAAGAUUUGAUCAGAGAUAUUGGUGAUAGGGGUAAAGCUGUCAAGUAGGCGGCGUAAAGCAAAGAAGAUAUGAAACAGGAAGUGUAAAGUGUUGAACGUUUCAAUACAAAACAAUGUUUUUGUGCCAAAUAUAUACAUGAAUUAUAUUUUAAAGUAUAAAAAUAUGUUCAGUGUUUAAUUUGUUACAAUCAUAAUCUAUCAUACAGAAAUUUACCUCAUAUAGUAUUAAAAGAUGUUUACAUUUAUUUAGAUUUAUGACUAUGUAAUAAUUGUAUUUUGUUGAACAUUGGAAUUCAUAUUAUAUUUUAAGAUAAUACAAAUAAAAUAAUGCAAACAUUAAAAACAAUAAAACACAUUGUAAGACUUAUACAUAUUAUAAAAUACACCAAUAAUGACACACUUUUUUGCUUUUAUUUAUUUAUUUUUAUAAUUGUGAUUUUUAACACACAAAAAAUUGUAUUCUUUGGAUGCUGUUGAUAUUUUAUUUUUAAUCUCAAACUACCGUUAAAAUCUCUUCACGAUCGACCCCAAACGACAUUUUCCGUUCCAUGUUUUUGGGGUGUAUAGUUGUGAUACUACUACAGCAUUAGUUUUGUAUAUCACUAUUCCCAGUGGCGUCGCGAGGUCGGGUGUCGCCCGGUCAGUCCGCACCCCCCUCACUUCCGCCUCGCGACGCCUCUGACUAUACCACCCUUUAUUUUAAUCUUGAAUAAGAUUUUAAUGAUUUAAAUAUUCAAACACAAGUCAAAAUGUCCAUUGCUCUUUGAUGAUUAGCAAAACAAUAAUUAGUUAUAUUUGUUACAAUUAUGUACUUAUUAAU